UCGUAUUUUAAUAUUUAAAAUUCGUGGAAUGCUCGAAGACCCCUCUGAGCAUAAGUGUAUCACUUUGGUUUUAAACGUGCAUAAAACAUCAGUUAAAAAAAUUAAAAUUUUACUAAAUUCGCGGUGCAACGGAAAACAUCUGAAUCGCACCCUCACCACUGCGUCAUACUAAUGCCUUCGGAAAUCCGACGCAAUACCAAGUAGGCGUGACCAUGCAGUCCAGCCUCGGUGGAUUUGCGAAAUCUCGAUAGCACGAAGCGACGAAGGGGUUGGCUGAUCAACAGGUAGAUUCGCCCCCCCACCGCUCGGAUAAGCCGCGAGGCUAAGCGCCGGCGCGAGAGUCGCGGCUAAGCCGUGGCCCCUCCGAGAGAGUGAAAGAGGGUGUGACCUGCGUAGGUCUGUUGGCUCGAUUGGCUCAGCUGCUGGACGUGUGAGGAUGCUCCUCUCGAUGAGGGUGGAGUGUUGGGUUUUAUUGUGUCGAAAUGUUUUUCUUUCGUGAACCAGUGAGUUAUUUUGGAUACAGAAAUUGAAGCUCAUUUAAGUCUGCAUAAGAAACUACUUAAUAAAUAAGAUGUAACACUUGAAAAAUUAUAUGACAACAUAACGUUUGACGGAAGACAAUUGAUACUUUUAAAAAAAGAUUACAAAGCUUAUCUGUAAAUAAAACAAUAAAUUCGAUACGUCAGAGCCUCGCUAUACAAUGCAACAUGGUUCGAAUGAAGCAACUCAUCAAAAUUUCAUCGGCCGCAUCAAGCCAGCUGUAAUACAUGAGUAAUCUUCAAAAAUCGCAUGAUCCUCAUCAAUCUUUUACUCGUAGGAAGUCGGUAGCCAGUCGCUCAUCCUCGAUGCUUCGUCCUUUAACCGCAAAGAGAACAAGACAGAGGAUAAAAAAAAAGAAAAAACGAAAGAAGAACGAGAGAAGACGCUUCGCUUAACCUCGUCGAGCGCGGAGCCGGCCGUGUAUAGCUCGAGCGGAUCGCAAGAGGUCGUAUUACCGGCGAAGUGGACGACGACGUCGUCUCGAGAAAAUAUCCGCAUGGGUCAGCCCGAAGAGGGGCUUAGACCGCGGACACGGAGAGAGAAGAGGACGCUCCGGCAAUAUCGGCUUUGGGAUACUCGAGGUGCGCGCGACUCGUCGUCUCGUUUUUUUCUCUUCUUCUUCUUCUCUCCCGUGUGUACUCGACAUGAGGCUCGUGCCGAUUUCCAUCCGGUGAUGCGGCCGAGCUUCUGAAGAUCGUUGGAUUCAGUGGUGUGCGGGUGCGACAGAGGAUGGCAGAAGAGACGUUGGGAAAAAGUGCUGUCUCGUGGCUGGUGGUUGUUUUGCUGCUUUUACUGGAAGUGAAGGCCCGUGGCUGCCCCGCGAGAUGUCAGUGCGACCUGGUUCAUGUGCCGCGCACAGUCAACUGCGCCGGCUUGGGACUGCAAGCUUUCCCGGAGAACAUCAGCGAUGUCGUGGAGCACCUGGACCUGUCGGGUAACCUGCUUACGGAGCUGCCCGCGGAGGUGAAUCGGCUUACGGAGCUCCAGCACCUCAAUUUGGCGCGCAACAAAUUAAGCUCCUUGCCAGCGAAUCUACGGGGCCUGGGCAAUUUGCGCAAGCUCGACCUAAGCGAGAACGCGCUGAAGGAUCCCCAGCCGGAUCUCGCUGGGAUCACUCACCUGGCACGACUGAAGACGCUCUAUCUCGCGGGCAAUCCCUUGACCGAGCUCGACGGUCUCAAAAACGCGGCGCUGCAGUUCCUCAGCGCUGACUCGUGCGGCAUCGAGAGGCUUAAAAAUACAUCAUUGUCGGGUCUACCGGAGCUUACGAAGUUGAGUUUGUCCGGCAACCCGCUGAAAGACAUCAAGGAUCCUUACAGUCUGAAGCUGAAAGGGCUCGAUCUCUCGAAAUGCCAAUUGAAAGUCUUGAGUCCACGCGCGUUUCAGGGCUUUCCGGAGCUUAUUGAUCUGCGCUUGGCCGAAAAUCCGACCUUGGUAUAUAGCACUAGAUACGAGACGCUGCGUCACCAGAAGCUUCAAAAGAUCGACGUUUCUCGUUGUGAUCUGGACCGACCUGGUCUCCAUGGCUUUCCAUCCCUGACCUACGCCAGAUUAUCCAGCAACUCGAUUCGAAUGCUGCCCGAUCGAAUCUUCGCCAAGAACCGCGAACUGACUCAUCUCUUUCUCGACUACAACCACCUCGAGCGCCUGAACAGGAGCACCUUCGCUAACCUCCUGCGACUUCAGGUCCUCGAUCUCUCGGCGAACGGCCUCAAAGCCGUGCCAUCUAUGGCGUUCCGUGACAACAUCGAACUGCAGUUUCUGAAUCUUUCGGACAACUACAUGGUCGAUUUUCCGAAACUGUCCACCUCGGUGAUCAGUCUGGAUCUCUCGGCUAAUCUGAUAAGCAGAGUUGAUCCAAACAGUUUAUCGGGGACCCCGAGCCUGUACCAUUUGAAUUUGAGCAAGAAUCUUAUUGACGAGAUGCCCAGUGGCUUAGAUUCGGGGACUUUGAGGAAUCUGAUCCUGAGGAGGAACAGGAUCACGUCGUUGGAGAACGUUAGCCUGAGUGGUCUUCCUGAAUUAGAAAAGUUAGAUCUUUCUGGAAACAUGUUGACCAAAGGCGUGACACCAGAAAUAUUCUUCGACAAUCCCAAUCUGCGCCAUCUCUAUUUGCACGACAAUCCCUGGAUAUGCGACUGCACACAACUCUAUCCAGGUUACAUGUUUCUGACCAGUUUGGCGGCUAAAACAGAAACGCUGAUAUGUCAUAGUCCGAAAAACGUGACAGGCUUUUCCUGGAAGCUUGCCUGCGCCAACGAAUGGAAAAGAGAGAUUCUGCACAAAAGCAAUAACAAAACCUGGGGACUCAUCCUCGUGAGUCUUCUGACCGUGGUCGUGCUCACGGGCACGAUUAUCUCGAUAAGACAUUCGAUGAAAUUAAAGAGACAAUCGAGAAACCAAAGACUGGAAGUUGAGAGAGCCGAAGUCAGAGAGAGAUUAAGACUUUUGCAAAGGAGAAGCCAACGACUACAGGAGGAACUGCGAGAGGUCGCCUCGGAGCCGCGUAUCCAUCCCAUGGAACUGAUCGGACCUCCGAGUUACGAGGAAGCGGUGACGAUGCCGCGUCUAGCUCGUUCCCUCGAUGCCCUGGAUACCGUGACCACCAAUAGCCGCAGUACGACGGUCAUCCGGAUGACCGGUUCGUCGGAGAGUCUUCGAGCUGGUAAGAAACGAUGCAGACCUCGUCGGUUGCGUUCCCAAAGCGAGGACAACCUGACGCGACGAGAGAUGCGUCGUCAGGAACGUCUGAGACGAGCCAGAGAAACGGGUCCUACAGCUGGACAGAACGACAACGUUGAUAACAGACAAGAGGAUGACCCGGAUGACAAAGAAGGCAGGUCUAGGAAUAGACCUCCUACACCCACGGCUGCCAAAAGGAAGAGCAUCAGAAGGAUGUCGACGAGAAAUGGAACUUCGACUGACGACGAGGACUCGGAAGGUGGAGGUGAAGCUGGAGGAAGAAGAAUCGGAAGGACGGUUAUAAGGCAUUUGGACAGGGAGCCCAGAAGCGGAUACAGACCCUCCACAGACGGCGAUAGCUGAACUGCUGAGUCGAUUGUUUAUCUCUGAAAGAUGGUUAUAAUUAUAUAUUAUAUAUAAUUAUAAAGGAAUAUUUGUAGAGUGCGAUAGCUGUCGCGUGAUUUCUUCUUUAAAGGUUUUGCGAGAAGAAAGUUGUUGCACCUCGUUGGCCAAACUUUGGUAACUGGAAAAUGAUAAGAUGUGGUGCGCAAACGUAUUUUGCUAUUUCGUUAAUAAUUAACUUAUCAACCGUCAUUGUACCAAUAAGAUAGGUACAUUGAUGAGAUCGAUCUAUAAAAUAGAAACUAAUUUUUGAAUUCUAGCAUAAAAAUCGACACUCUUUCUGUAAGCGUGAUUAUGUAUAUACAUAGCAUAAACAUUUAUUUUUUAUAAAAUUCAAAUGAAAAUCAUAUAAUUCAAACGAUCAUCGACAACCACAAGCAAAAAUUAUGCAAAAAUAAGAACAAAAAUUCAUAAAGAAUGCAAAUCAUAGAAUAAAACUAUUUUUAAAAUUGAUCUACUGCGGUGAUAGUUUUCGAAAGCCAUGUAAUGUGAUAUGAUUACUCAGAUAUACUGUAGAGUUGAAAAACAGUAAAACGUUUUUUAAUGGGAAAAAAUCUAUGAGUAUCUUCUUGCAUAAUAGAAUUAGACUAAUGAAUUAAGUCUGUUGGAAUGCAGCUGAACUAUUUUUAUUGCUUCCUGGAAAGUUCUAAGUCAAAUGGGAUUUAAGAUGGUAAAAAUAGUACAAAGACAUCGUUGCGUGUUCAUUAGUCAUCAGUUUCAUUGCCUAAUUAAAUUCAAUCAGUAAUGCUGCAUUCUUAUAAGAGACGUAAUUGGAUUGCAAAACAUUUUAUACUAUUGAACAUAUAUAAACGCAUGGCUAUGUCUUUUACUUGUAAAAAAAAAUAAUUUUAUCUUUUUGUAUACCCGUAUAAUAUAUUAAUGAUAGAUAUUGAUUAUUGUUUUAUGAAUAAAAACAUUUCUAAAAAUGUUGCAGUGUUACAGAACGAUUUGCGACUAUUGUAACGGUUUGAACAUUUAUUUAUUAAAAUCUUAUAAUAAUAUAUCGUUCGUUUGUAAAUUUAUAAUCAAUAGUAUAAAGAAUCGUUUGUGUAAAAUAAAUAACAAAACACUAGGUGUAUAAUAUGUAGAUUAUCGAUGUUUAUGUAAAUAAAAUAUUAUUACAAAAUUUAAAGAAGUAUGAUGUAUAAUUUCUGAAACUAUUUAAUCUCUAAAUUACAUUGGUUUUUCGUUAUUACAAAAAUAUCUAUAACCAUCGUUUUUACGUACAAAUAUACAGAUACAUAUAGCUACAGUCAUUAAAAAAUAUUUCAACUCUAACGUAGCGUAAAACUUGUAUAGUACCUACAUUGUCACAUACUUUACGUAUACAUAUACAUAUAUGAUGUCGCGCUUCUAACGAUUAUACAAAUAGGCCUAGGUGUAUACGUACAGCUUACGUAUAUACGCCUAUACCUAUUUAUAAGAAGAUGGCUCACUUUUUCCUUGACGCAAUAGUAAAAGCUGCGUGUAUUCUGCCUUAUCCGAUGUAGAUACGCCGAACCGAUAAGGUCGACGAACUCGAUGUAGGCUGAAACGAAGAGAUAACGAAUGAAACGUGAAAAGGCUCGCUUAGCAACGCACCGGUUCAGCGAGGAAUUGGAAAAAAAGAAUCUCCAUUUGUUUUUUGCAACAAACUAAAAUAUUGAUUCGAUUUACUGAUUUAAGGCAGCCAUUAUAUUUAUAAAUUAAAAGCCUUACGUUACAUUAAUUGUACAGCCUAUGUGUUACUAUUUUGUUGUUUCUUGGAUGAAAAGAGAAUCUGCUUACUAUUUCUACUUCAUUCAUGCAAAUACCUUCGCAUUUUAAAAAGAUAAUUUUGUCUGAGUAAAUAGUUUUUGCGCAACUUUAUUCGAUUUUCUAGAGAAUUAAUAUAAUUAACUACAUUACAAUUUACAGAAGAAUCUAAUGAUGCAUAUUAAACAGACAGAUAAAUGUAUAGUCGAAUAAGUUAAUAUACAAAUCUCAACCUUACAGUUAUGCGCGAGAACUGUUAAAAAAAGUCACAAAAAUAUAAUUGUUAUACUAUUCGUAUUUCUUACACACCUAAUGAUCUAGGAAGUUUAUACCUCAACGUCUAUAAGGUAAAGUUACUAAAUAAGAUUAAAUUUAUGGAAUAGUUGCUUAUAGUACAUGAUUUAUUUAGUUUUGAGCACGAUUUAUUUACAUUUGAAUAAAAGCAACUUUGAUAUACCUUCAAGAUAGAUAGGAUGAAGAGGACGAGUGCGCGCGCUCGCGAAAAACAUUGUUUUUAUUCAAAUUUAAACGUGUACUUAAAUAUAUAUUUUACAUAAUUGUAAACUCGUUAUUGUUUUGACGUUGUUUUCGUUCCGUAAUACCGAAAUACGAAGAGCGAAAGAUGAAUCUUCAAAUGUACGUCAGCAUCAAAGUAUUGCAAACUUUCCUCGUACGCAAACAUACAACUUUAACACAUCGUCGUGCUUCGUGUCCGAAAUCGAAAUGAUCAUAGUCAACAGU